AUGCGAAUACGUUGCGAUGACGACCUUUUCAGCGAGGACUUCACUCCAGCCGCUCAGCCCGUAGUAGUACCACAAACACAACCUACGCAUGCGCAGCCACCUCGGACGGCUCCUGAUUCAGCAAGAGGUCGUGGAAGGGGUCGUGGCCGAGGCAGGAACGUGAAUGAAGCUAGAGACACCACAGAAAGGAUCGAGACCACGGGUCAAGGUAGACAGCCUCAGAAGUCACGAAAUGCGCGUCCUCAACAACAGGCACAACCUCAAAGCGCUCCUCCUGAAAAUGCACCCUCUGGACCACGGAAGGAGACACCACAAGCUGUUCGCGGCGACAGAUCAGCAGCCGGUGGACUUCCAAAACCCAAGCUGACGGAAGAGGAACUGGCAGAGAAGAUGGCCCGUAUUCAGAUAAAGAAUGCCUCACUCACAGCCGCUCAUGCGCGCGCAGAAGCUGAUGCUGCGUCGUUCGCUGAGAGAGAACAGCAAGCCAAGCAGAUUGCUGACCAACGCAAGAAAGAGGAAAGAAGAGAUCGACAGCAGAUGAUGGGUGAAAGGGAGAAGAAUCGACAACGAAAACUUAAGGCUAUGGAGGGUCGUGAAUGGGACGCGGAAAAGCGCGAGGAUGACUUUGGGAAGGGAGGGAGAUUUGAUAAGAAGGGUGGCUUUGCUGGAGAUCGUGAGGAUUAUGACGAUGGGAGGGAAUAUCUUUACCAAGAGCCGAGGGGUGGUGGAAGAGGGAGAGGUAGUGGGAGAGGAGGGAGAGGAGGACGACUACAGGAACAGCACGCCCCUCGACCGGAAGAGUUUCCCGCACUGCCAGCAUCGAAGGUUGAGAAGCUAGAUCAAUCGAAGACAUUGCCAGAUACCCGUGGGCCUUCUGGGGGGUCUUGGGCGGAGCAGAUGGAAUCUUCGGCUCAAUAA